AUGCCCGGUGCGAAAAACCCCCAAUGCUGCGAUCCAUGUCGUGUGCUUCACCAUAAAUGCGACGGGAUCUUGCCACAAUGCAGCCGAUGCAUCCGCACAGGUCGGGAAUGCACUCGAGGUAAAAAGGAAACCAAAUUUCGACAGGCAAAGGGCCGGACGACGCGCACUAAGUUUCCUAGCAACCAAGUUUGGCUUCGGCCACCACCUAGAGUCGACUUUGUACUCGAGAGCGGAAGUGGUCAAGUGGAUAACUCGACCGAGACGGCAACCGAUAUUCUGUCACCUGCCGGGAGUUUGCAUAGUCAUGCCGACUCUAUUCCUAUACCGGAAAGGCUGUCUCCCGGGUCCUCAUAUACCGCCCCGUUGCCGCAAUAUGGCUUCUCGAACCAUCAAGUACAUAUGAGGAAUAGUGAUGUUUCGCCAAAACUCCCGGUGGUGGGUACACCUGAACGAUCAUACCAGCGGCCAUGGCCCUUGAGAGAUCCCGAGGAGGCGCGUUUAUUCCAACAUUUUGUGGAUAAUGUUGCAUGCUUCUUCGAUUGCACGGAUCGCCAGCAGCAUUUUGCCAUCCAUAUCCCUUACCGAGCACGCCGGUGCGAGACAUUAUUCAAUGCAAUAUUGGCCAUGUCGGCUCGUCAUUUGAAUCGCACGACAGCUUUUGACCCUUUUGUGUCAGACCACUACUACCAAGCAUGUCUGGAGAAGUUGAUUCCCGCGCUAAAUGACCACGGUGUUACUAUGGAUGAUGAUUUGCUGGCUGCUACGGUAAUUCUACGCUUGCUGGAAGAGUUUGAUGUCCCACUCGCGGGGUCCGAUAUUAGAGGCCACUCCUUCGGGACAAAGGCUUUCAUACGGUGCCCAUCAAUGAUGACCACAACCCCAAGUCUACGGCAGGCUGUCUACUGGAGUGGCCUACGCCAGGAGAUUUACAAUGCCCUUAGCCUCCACCAAGCCCCAGACAUUGAGCUGAGGUCAUUGGACUUGAAUUCACACUUUAACUCGCUGGGCCCUGAUGCAGGUGAUUGCGCAUGGGCGAACCAAGCAAUCACUCAUUGUGCCCACGUUUUGGUGUUUUGUUUUGGGGAAGGACCUCGCUCGGCGGCUGUGCAUGCAGAGCUUAAGGCACAUAAUCAGCAAUGGAGCGAGACUCGGCCGGACUCUUUCGACCCUUACUUUGUGGGCGAAGACGUGGAGGUGGGAACUAAAUUCCCCGACAUUCGUUACGGGUGUCCCUGGCAUGCAAUCGGCAAUCAAUACAUCGAUCUUGCCCAGAUUCUGCUUUCUGUGCAUGAUCCAACUCUGCCUACGGUUGGACCUCUGCGCAGGCGUCUGAUUCAGGAGGCUGACGAUCAUAUCCGCAGGGGAGUUUGGACAGUAUGUGGCGCUUCAUUAUCCAAUGCCUCUGUGCCCCCAGCCAUGGUUGUCGGGUGCAUGGCCAUCCAUCUCUGCGGCGAUCGCUUCACGGACCCACAUGAACAGGACCAAUUGAUCCAGGUUCUUAUCCAAACUGAUACACUACACGGCUGGCCAACCCAUGCGCUCCAGCGACAGCUUCGGGAGACGUGGGGCAUACGUUGA